AAAGCAGGAAAGUCCCCAAACAGCUAUAACAUACUAUUCAAUUUUUCAUAUUGAAGUUAUAAAUUCACUUGGCGUGCUGGGAAUUCCUACCAAAUUGUUUUUUAUCAGGUCAGACCCUUCGGUCUAUUCUCAAACUCCAUAUAUACACAUAUGUACAGACCAUUUCUUCAGUUUUUCAUUACCCUCCAUCGCCAACAGAUAGCUGAGGAGUUGCCAUUAUUGAGGUCAGAGGUUAUUGACAAGGCUGAUCUCCCAAGUUAAACCAUGGAAACGGAAUACACUGGUAAAAGUGCAGUCCCACCACCAACGGCUGAAGCUCCACCAGUAGCAGCUGCUAAGGGCACUUUCAACUAUUCUGUUGUUGAGGUUGCUCUUAGGGUCUUAUUGUUUGCAGCCACUCUAAGUUCUGUGGUGGUCAUGGUUACGAGCAAGCAAACUGAGCUGGUUCCUGUGACAAGCAUGCCUACAGUUAGGGUGCCAAUUCCAGCCAAGUUCAAUCAUUCACCUGCCUUCAUAUACUUUAUAGCAGCAUUAUCAGUAACAGGCCUAUACAGCAUCAUUACGAUUCUGGCAUCAGUUUCAGUCGUCCUGAAGCCGACAUAUUCCAAAAGCUUCCUACUUUUCUUUGCAUUCUUGGAUGUGGUGUUUGUAGGGAUUGUUGCCUCAGCAACAGGUGCAGCAGGGGCGGUUGCGUACAUCGGAUUAAAGGGUAACAGUCACGUCGGCUGGACCAAAAUCUGUGGUGUUUACGACAAGUUCUGUCGACACAUAGGAAGCUCGGUUGCACUCGCAUUGUUUGCAGCCAUCCUGCUGGUGUUGCUCUCCAUGAUGUCAGCCUUCACCCUUUAUAAAAAGAUCCGUGACUAGACAGACUCCCAAGUCCAAAUUUCAGCAACAACAUUUCAGAAUGUUUUUGUGUGUGUUUAUCUAGAACUAGGUGAUGUUUUCUUCAAUUUGUUUGUGCGUUCUCAUUCGUGUUACAUGUAGUAAUUGAUUGAAUGACAUUUAAAUGUUCUUAUAAUUGAAACUGCCAUGUGAAUAUUUAGCAACUCCAUUUCUUAAAAUAGACGGACCCUUAAAA